AAACUGAUUUCUUCAUAUUAAACCUCACAGUUCGGUAAAAGAUUCUUCGAUGAAUGCAAGAAAAUGACAUUCAAAAUGUGGAAUCUUUUGUGUGUGUUGUUUGGCGUGUUUUUAACGGUACUUGGCAAAGGACUAAAGGAAGAGUUCACAUGGACCAGGUUAAGUUAUGUAUGGCCUGUAAAAACAAGAGGAAAUUUUUAUCAAAAUUCCGAUUUUCUAUUUCCCGGAGACAUUUCCAAAGGUAGUAACGAAGAAGAAAUACCCGCCAGUCUGAAUUAUCAAUAUGAGAAUAACAUUCCAAUGGGGGCGAACGUGUGGAAGGAUCGAUUGUUUAUCACAGUCCCCCGAAGAAGAUUGGGCGUUCCAUCCACAUUGAACUAUGUAAGCCUAAACAGCAAAAACAAACACAAUGUGCCAUUAACACCGUAUCCAGAUUGGAAAACCAACCUGUAUCCAGCGGAAAAUUACGACAAUAAUUUUGUAUCAGUAUACAGAGUGGCUGUUGAUCCAUGUGAUCGACUGUGGUUUGUAGAUACAGGCUUGAUAGAAUUACCCGGCAACGCCACAAGGAUCAAACCCAUGACGCUGUACGUCAUUAAUCUUAUUAACGAUGAAAUCAUACACAGGCAUGUGUUUCCUGAAAGUAGUAUUGCAGCAGCUACCAAUUUGGCCAGUGUAACCGUUGAUGUUACUAAAGAACAAUGCCAUGAUGCCUAUGCUUACAUGCCUGACCUUGCAGGAUAUGGAUUAACUGUGUUUAGUUUGAGGAAAAAUAAAUCCUGGAGAGUGAACCACAACUACUUCUUCUUGGAACCACUAGCUGGGGAGUUCUUUAUAUCUGGUCAUCGUUUCCAAUGGAACGAUGGAGUUUUUAGUGUGGAACUUACUGAAUUAAAAAAUGGUUACAGGGACAUGUAUUUUCACUCAAUGGCCGGUCAUAAUAUGUACAAAGUGUCGACCAGAUUUUUAAGAAACGAAGCACUUGCCACUCGUUCUUACAAGGAAAACGACUUCAAGUUGGUAGGAAACCGUGGAGAAAAUUCGCAAACAUCUUCAGCAGAUAUUCACAUGGACUCGGGAAUUAUGUUUCUGGGUUUGGUUAAUCAGAACGCUCUCGCAUGUUGGAACACAGCAACUAGUCUUCAUGACAUCUCCUUGGUACAAAAGGAUGAUCGCAAAAUGAUUUACCCUUGUGAUGUUAAAGUUUACAAAGAUAAAGUGUAUAUGUUAACGAACACUAUGCCAGAAUUUUUGUACGGACAAUUAGAUUAUAAUGAGGUUAACUUCAGGAUUUGGUCGAAUUAUGUUGACGAGGCCGUAAAAGGCACAAAGUGUAAUCCACAAGGUGGCAGAGGAAGAUACUAAAAUAUAAUUUUAAUUUUAUUAAUGACUUGAACCAAUAACUAUUUUAUUACAAUAAAUUUUUACAGUUAGA